AUGGAUAUACUCGAAGAUCUCGAGAGAAACAAUAUGCCGGGGAAGUUGAAGCAUACACCAUCGGGAUUGUUACUGGUACCACAACCCAGCAAUAACCCAGCAGAUCCUUUGAAUUGGCCACUACGGAAGAAAAUUGGUGUUUUAAGCUUGGUCUCUUUAUGCACUUGGAUAGGAAUUGCGCAGACCUUAGCCAACCAGUCAGGAUUUUUCGCACAAGCAAAGACUUACCACAAGACUGCAAACGAGUUAUCCUACUCGGCAUCUGCCGGGAUUGCGGGACUGGCCACUGGGCCUUUCCUCUGGGCUAUUCUGGCCCAGAGGAUAGGGCGAAGCUCUUGUAUAUUUUGGGGUUUACUUGGGAUGCUAGGGUGUAGCGUCUGGUCCGCAUCCAUGACCGGGCGAAACCAUUACAUCCCCUUUAUCAUCUCUCGCUGGAUCGGAGGAACGUUUGGCUCCGUAGCCUCGACCAUUGGGGCUGGAACUAUCUUGGAUCUCUUUUUCCUCCACCAGCGUGGGAAAGCAUUCGCUGUCUACAGCGUAUGUACCCUGUUCGGUGUUCAAUUCGGACCGACUUUGAGUGGGUUUAUUGUUGAGUAUGCUCCUUGGUCGAUUCAAUUCUGGUGGGGCGUUGGUGCAGAGGGAAUUCUUGCGAUCAUUGUGUUUCUUUUUCUGGAGGAGACUGGCUUCUCGCGUGAUGGCAAAGUUUACCCUACCCUUCCCGAAGGAUGGCUCUCCAACCGGAUUGCUACUUUCUUGCCGGGUACCGCGACUGUCCCACAGUCCAAGGAUGAUGGUCGGCGGUCUGCCAAGGCUUUGCUCUUUGUUGCUGCAUGUCCAGUGACCAUUGUGACAGGCGCAGUGCUCUUCUUAGCCUUCGGAUGGGCCGUAGGUGUAGUGACGCUGACUUCGGUUUUCCUGGGUACUUCCAUUGAAGAUGGCGGCUAUUCAUUCUCUCCUCUACAAGUGGCCUGUUUCACUUUCGUCCAGUGGAUUGGUGUAGCAGCUGCGGAGAUAUGGGGGGUUUUACUCAAUGAUCGCAUUCCGUUGUGGUUCACCCGUCGGUACUGUAAUGGUGUCUGGAAGCCUGAGAAUCGACUUUUCCCUUUGCUCUGUAUGCCAGCCAUCUUGCUUCCUGUUGCCCUGGGAAUCUUCGGUGCUGGCUUGCAGUAUCAUUUGCAUUAUAUGGUCCUGGGACUGGCCAUCUUCUUGUUGCAGCUCAGCGAGGUCUCACUCGUUCCUGUCAUAGUGAACUAUGGCGUGGAAUGUUUUACAGAUUACUCACAAGAAGUGGUGAGUAUCCUCAAUUUUUGUCGAUUGGCACUCGGUCUGACCAUUCCCUUCUUUAUUGGCGAGUGGCAAGCGGCUGUUGGUACGGCCUGGGUGUUUGGAAUGAUGGCGCUGUUCAGCAUUUUUGCAUUUUCCCUCGCCGGACUUCUGGCCUGGAAAGGGGACAAGCUUCGCAGCUACUCGUUUGCGAGUCUGCAAAAAUUAGAAGGAGGUGUGCAAUUAAUUGAUUCGCUUGGGCCGACUACAGACGCUUGCUGA